AGACCCCAGACGUGUACAUCGUGGAGCGGUUGUUCUCCAGCAGUCUGGUGGUGGUGGUCAGUCUCUCCAUCCCCAGACGGAUGAACGUCUACCACUUUAAGAAGGGAACGGAGAUCUGCAACUACAGCUACAGUAACAACAUCCUCUCUGUCAGACUCAACAGACAGAGGCUGGUGGUGUGUCUGGAGGAGUCAGUGUACAUCCACAACAUCAAAGACAUGAAGCUGCUGAAGACCCUUCUCAACACGCCCUCCAACCCCUCAGGUCUGUGUGCUCUGUCCAUCAACCAUUCCAACUCGUACCUGGCCUACCCAGGCAGCUCCACCAUCGGAGAGAUCAUAGUUUACGAUGCCAACAACCUGAGCACUCUCACAAUGAUCCCGGCCCAUGACAGUCCCCUGGCUGCUCUCACCUUUAACUCGUCAGGCACCAAGCUGGCCAGCGCCUCGGAGAGGGGUACUGUAAUCCGUGUGUUCUCCAUCCCAGAGGGACAGCGUCUGUUUGAGUUCCGCAGAGGGAUGAAGAG